AUGUCUUGUUCAAAAAUAUUCUCGGGAGAAUUACCAGAAUUAACAUAUGAUAUUUUAAAGUAUUUUAAAAAUGAUUUUUCAACUUUAUAUUCAUGUAUUUUAGUUAACAGAUUAUGGUGUCGUUUAACAAUUCCAUUAUUAUGGGAAAAUCCAUUUUCAAAUCCUCCGAAUGUGAAAUAUUUUUUUUGUAGUUCAGAAACAAAAAAAUAUAACUUUAUUGAAAUUUAUUUACAUAAUUUAAAUGAAGAUUUAAAUACAAAAUUAAAUGAAUAUGGAAUUGAGGAUAAUUUAUUUCCUUCAAAUACACUUUUCAAUUAUCCUAGUUUUAUAAAAUAUUUGAAUACAUUUGAGAUUAAAUUUUCUACUCAUGAGUGGUAUAAAAAUAUUAUUAAAACUUUAAAACCUGAAAAAAGAUGUUUAAUUGAGAAUGAUGAUUUUGAAAGAUUAAUUCAAAUGUCAUUAUUUAAACUAUUUAUUAAUAAUGAGACAAAUUUAAAUACUUUUGAAAUUGAGAUCUUUUAUAAUUUGGAUUAUUAUUUGAAUGAUAUUUUAUUAUUAAUUUUACAAAAUCCAAAUUUUAUUCACAAUGUUAAAAAUUUAAACCUUUAUAUUUGUAAUAGUUUUUCUAGUGGUCCUAAUAAAAAUAUGAUAAUUAAAAAUAAUAUAUUAAAAUUAAUUAAUUUACAUCAAAAUCUUAAAGUAAUUUCUUUAAAGGCUAAUGACUUUUUUUUAUAUCAGUCAUUAUUAUUAACAAAAGAUUAUAAUUGUUCAAACACUUUAAAUACUAUCACAUUAUAUGGAGUUAAGUUUAAACGUAUAAUCAAUUUAGAUAAAAUAUUUGAUCAAUUAAAAGUUUUAGAAUCUGUUCAUCUCAUUUAUUGUCAUCCCUUAAAUACUAGCUUUAUUCAACAAAUUACUAAUUUAAAUAGACCAUUUAAAUUAAAAUCUUUAAUUAUAAGUGAGAUAAUUGAUGAAUCAUCAUUUCAAUUAUUAUUACAAAAAUGUGGUGGAUAUUUAGAGAAUUUUGGGAGUGAAUUUGUAAUUCAAAAUGAACAAUUAUUUGAAUCAAUUAUAAAAUAUUGUAAAAAUAUUAAAUUACUUAAUUUAAGUAAAUUUGAAAAAUUUGAAAAUCGGAUUAUUUAUUUAUUAUUCAAUCUGAUUGAAAAUUUGAAACAAAGUCUUAAUUAUCUUACAAUUAAGAUAACAGAUUGGAAAAAUUAUAUUGAAUAUAAUUCAAUUGUAUUACAAAAUUUAGGACAAAUUCUUCCUUUUAAAUUAGAAUAUUUAGAUUUGUGUCUUCACAUUAAAUUGAGUGAUUUUGAAGUAUUCUUGAAAAAUUCUCAAGAUACUUUUAUUAAGAAAUUGUUGAUCAAAAAUUUAGAAGGUCAAGAUAUUUUAUCUUGUAUAAAAAAAUAUAUUAUGAAAAAGAAAAGAGUAAAAUAUUUGGCUAUUAUAGAUUCCUUUGAAAGUACAUCAGAUUAUGGAAACUAUGACUAUAAGGAAUUGGUUUCAUUGAAAGAUGAAGUGGAGGAAUUUAAGUUGUAUGAUAUUAAAGUGCAAAGUCAUAAAAGCUUAAUGGUAAGUUUUCCUGAAUUUACUCGGAAUUAUUAA